AUGAUCUCUCGAUCAGCGUUGAUCCUUUCCUUGCUGGCCACAGCUUUCGCCACGAAGCUGACUGCGGAGUCCGGUGCCCUCCAACAGGACGGCAUCCUCAAGCUUCUAUCAGAAGCUUCGGCGACCAAGGAUUCCAAAUCCACUCAGGUGAGGGCGAAAACUUCACAGAUGGAAGACAUGGUGAUGUUCCUUGCGCAGCAGGCCAAGGCCGCCAAACUCGCCUCCGCUCAGGACCCCGUCGUCAAAGAUGAUAACGCGAACAUUACCGACUUCGUUAAACAGCUGGAUGACGAGUUGAAGAAGAUGUUGGAGAACGUGUUCAAAGCGGCGGCGACAUCCAAUUCCGCUUGCCAAGCGGCAUACGACAAGAUGUCAGCAGGCUGCCCCGUGUACAAUGCCAACACGACCUUCCUGCCUCCAGACUUUGACGGAGAUUUCGAUGCUCUCCGAGCAGACCACAAGAAGUGCCGCGACCUGCUUCCCGGGAUGAAGCAGGAGUAUGAGAGUUGCCACAAGGUCCGCGAAAGCCUGGUCGGCCAGGAGCAAGCCCUUUUGGACUCCUUCCGGGAUGUGAACAUCUUUGAGAGCGUCGAGUGUUUUGUUGCCAAGAAAACUCUGGAAGUUCGUAUCCUGCCCAGUUGCACCAUUAGCGGAGACGAUGUGCUGGCCUACUACGAGGCCAUGCGUGUGCACUUCAAGAAUCGAAAAGACACUUUCUGGGAGACCUACUACAAGCUCGAGAAUGUCACCGUCAACAUCACCAAGUUCAAGUGCAUCGACCUCGAGGUUGCCUACUUCGAAAAAGUCGCAGCUUGCGAGACUGCCCAGCUGAAGCUCGAGCAGACGGCCUGUGAAACGCAUGAAAGGACCACGGAGGCGUGCAAACCUCUUCCGCAGUGCUAUAACGGCAACUGGAACCAGUACGUGGAGGAGAUGCACAGCACGAACGACACCAUCCAGGACCUGAAGUACGAGUACCGUGCCGUUAAGCGCAUCGAAUGCUUGAUGGACGCCUUCGCUGCAGAUGACAUGGACAAAAAGAUCGAUGAGUGCAUCGAAAAGAGGCACAGCACCGAUUUGGUGAACAGCACCUGUGUGGACAACCACGAGAACGUGCAGAGGCCGAGUUACACAAUGCCGGACGUUUGCAACACAGGAGUCAAAGCCAUCCUCGACCCCAACGCCAGCAACUUCGAUGCCACGGAGUACACUUCCCAAGGCAUCACUGCAUCCCGAUGCAUGGCUUCCUGCUGCACUGUGGAUUGGUACAGCUGGACCACCUACGGCAAUGCCUAUGUGGCCAAAGAACACUACCUCAUCGAUGAGGCUACGGGCCAGCCAGCCAGCUUCGCAACAAUGGAGGACGCCAAGGCUGCCUGCGAAACGAUGGGCUCGGUCCAUUGCUUUGGCAUCUAUGACACGAAGUGUGACGGCGCGUCGGAGGAGUCUCCGGUGAUCUUGAUUGCCUCCCCGGGCCUCGACCUCCAUGGUGUCGAGGAGUCUGCAAUUGGCAGCUGCAUCGUCCACAUGGCGCUUGGUUCCGGGGUGGCAUGCUCAGAAACAGGGCGAAGACCAUCCCAGACAUAA